GUAAUGUAAAUUCUUAUGUAUUUUCAGGUGGACCACGGAGAUGCACCAUCUGAAGCUAACAGUGAACCUAGGCCAGCACCAGCAGAAAAUGGAGUAAAUCACACUGCCUCUCUUACACCAAAACCAGCAACUCAGGUUGUCCAUAGCCAACCAACACCAGGUUUGGUGAAAGCACCUGCAAAGACAGAAGAUCUUAUUCAGAGUGUCCUCACAGAAGUGGAAGCACAGACUAUUGAAGAGCUAAAACAACAAAAGUCGUUUGUUAAGCUUCAGAAGAAGCACUACAAAGAAAUGAAGGACCUUGUUAAGAGGCACCACAAGAAAACCACUGAUCUUAUCAAAGAGCACACUGCAAAGUAUAAUGAAAUCCAAAAUGACUAUCUGCGACGAAGAGCAGUUUUAGAAAAAACAGCAAAAAGAGACAGUAAGAAAAGAUCUGAAACGGGCAGCCCAGACCAUGGUUCAUCAACUAUCGAACAAGAAUUGGCUGCCCUUGACUCUGAAAUGACCCAGAAGCUAGUCGAGCUGAAGGAAAAGCAACAGCAGCAGCUGCUAAACCUCCGACAGGAGCAGUAUUACAGUGAAAAGUACCAGAAGCGAGAGCACAUUAAGCUGCUUAUUCAGAAGUUGACAGAUGUAGCAGAGGAAUGUCAGAACAGCCAGCUAAAGAAACUGAAGGAAACGUGUGAAAAAGAAAAGAAAGAAUUGAAGAAAAAAAUGGACAAGAAGAGGCAGGAGAAGAUCACAGAAGCAAAAUCCAAGGAUAAAAAUCAAAUGGAAGAAGAGAAGACUGAAAUGAUUCGAUCAUAUAUCCAGGAGGUGGUGCAAUACAUAAAAAGGCUAGAGGAUGCUCAGAGUAAAAGACAGGAGAAACUGAUAGAAAAACACAAGGAGAUUCGUCAGCAAAUACUGGAUGAAAAGCCCAAGCUGUGGUAUCUGCAUGCACUCUUCUGAAAUACUGUUUCUGAU